CUAGAACCCAUCAAACAAAAAAAAGCACCAGUUUUCGCCCAGACUACGAUAUAAAAACUUCCAUUUGUUUUUAAAUCCAUAUCUCGAGAACCCAUAUCGACCCGACCCGAGACAAAAAUCAACGCAAUGCAAUUCGAACAGACUCAGCAAACCUGGCCACGCAAAGAGCCCAAUGGUGUAGAUAGCGAUCUCACUUCUAAUACUGCAACCAAUGGGUCCACUGAGCAUACUACCAGCAUUCCACCCAAUAAAGAAGGCAAAAGGUAUACUAUGAACCAGGCGUUUAACAUUUGGUUUGGCAACAAAGACAGUAUCCUUACGGAUGUGUCGGUAGCUGUCAAGGCCGGUGAAAACUACAAACAGUCACAGCCUCAGCCCAUCUACCACUUGGAGUUUUCACACAACUCUUCCGAAGACAUCCCGCUGUCUAAAGAUGGCGCAGAGCUGGCUUUUUCAGUUGAACAGAAUGCCAAUGGGUCCACCGGAAAUACUUAUCCUGGGCUUCCUCCCAAUCUUUCAAAACCCAAUUCUUUUGCCCAGGAUGUGACCCAGGAAUCACCGCCAUUGGUCUUGCUUCAACCGGAAAACAUCCACUGGGUCUACCUUGACCCUGCGGGCAACGAGCAAGGUCCGUUCACGGGGGACAUAAUGCAAGAGUGGCUUACUGAUGGCUAUUUGUCUUUGGACUUGAAAAUUCGCAGACAAGAGGAAACACGCUUCCAGACUUUGAAGGAGUUCUGCGAAGCUGUGCAAAAUUUCAUUCAGCCCUUCAAGAUACCUCUUCCUCGUGUGGCCUCGGAGUCUACUCAAAUGCCUAUGUCUGGGGCAUUCCAGCAUCAGGCACACGACCCUCAUUUGCCCGCUGAGAACAGCAGUGCAUUUGAUGGCAAGGGGGCUUUUCAAAAUGGGGUGCCCUCUGCUGCCCCGCAGCACCUGCAACUGUCAUUUGGAGCAAACAUGUAUUCGCAGCUCUUGCCAAACGGUGGAUUAGGUGCAGCUAACAUUCGCACACCCUCUUCUAACCCGUUAUUUGAUUUCAUGGGUCAGUCCGAUUACCCGUUGAUGAAUGCACCAUAUUCAUCUGGAAACCAGUUUGGCAUAGAUGCCAUGAACCCCAACCUUAACUUCAAUCAAUUGCAUAUGCCGUCCUUGCUUCAGCAACAGAUUCUGUCCCAGCAACCUCUGUUGUCCAGAUCGAACAGUGGAUGGGGCAUAGACAGUUCUUUGCAAGGCAGUCUUCCUUCGACACCAACCACUGCACCUGCGCCCGUUCCAUUGGGAAUGAGUCAAAACCUGUUAGGUCAGUCAUCUUUAGGUCAGUCUGGUUCGAUGUCUCCUUGGAUCAACAGAGUCCAGACAAUGUCUCGUGUGAGCUCUCCAUUUGUUCCUAAUUCUACACUAGCUAAUGACCCAAGCGAGAAAGUGGAAGACAAUUUGCUCCAAGACCUUCAUAGUUCCAUGGUGAGUGGAAUCUUGAGAGAUGAAGAUCAUACGCGCUUGUCCAGUGAUUUGUUGUCCGAAUUCUCCUCAAGCAAUGUUCAUUCAGGAGCUCAGAAUAUCAAUGGUGUUCAGUCUGAAUCGGAGAAGCCAUCGACUGCCCCUGUUGCAAUCGCCUCCAACGAGGUGCUCGCGUGCGAUGCUACUCAAGUCGAUGCUGCAACGAUUGAACCCCAGCCAGUUGCGACCGGGUCCUCUGUUGACUCUUCGGAAAAUUUGAAGUCUGAGGAUGGAUCAGCGGUCUCCAAAUCUGAAGACGUUUCGCGUUCUGCAGCAACCCCCACAGUCAAAGCUCCUUGGGCAAAUUCUGCCAAGCAGGACUCUCCCCCGCUUACUUUAAAACAAGUUCAAGAGCUAGAGGCUGAGCGUUUGCAGAGAGAAAAACAAUUGAAGGCUGAGAUGAAGCAAGAAAUCGCUUUAGCUAACGCGCUUGCGGCUUCAAAGUUAGAGGAAAAGACCCCAGAGAAAGUCACUUUCAACUGGGCGACCUCUAAGCCCCUGGCCACAAAAAAGACGUUGGCGGAGAUUCAGAAAGAAGAAGAAGCAGAAGCUCUCAAGCUGAGAUCUGCGAAGUCUGUUAGUUCAGGAAAUUCCAAGGUCUCUUUAGCCACUGCUUUAGCCAGCACUCCCGUCAAGGAAAAUGGAGGUGCAUGGACCACUGUUACCCCGAAGAAGCCAACUUUGAAGAAACAAGUCUCGACUCCUGCGCAGCCAUCCAUCUCAUAUUCUUCUCUUUCUGGAGCAAUCAACCCUCAAGCUUUACGUCACGCAUCAUCAGGAAUAGUGCCCACCGUUUCCGUCAACACUCAAGCAAUCAAGGAGGACUUUUUAGUGUGGGCACGGUCUGCCAUGACCAACUUGUACCCCUCCGUUUCCAAAAAUGACCUUCUCGAGGUCUUCACAACUUUGCCGUUAUAUGGUGAAUCUGCUCAAUUGAUCUCUGAAACAAUCUACAGCUCGUCGGCCACUAUGGAUGGAAGAAGAUUUGCCCAAGAGUUUAUGAAGAAGAGGCAACAAGUUGAAAAACAAGUCGGGCCAUCCGCUCCAGAAUCCUGGUCCAGCGCAAUCAUCUCCAGCGCGGACAAAGUUCCCGCUGUCGAUGAUGAAGGAUGGAGCACUAGUGUGAAGUCCAAAAAGAAGGGCAGAAAAAACUAAAGCCAUAUGUAGAAGCAGGAAAAUAUCGUUAACUUAUACAUAUUUAACUUAGGUCUACAAUACAAGCGAGUGUUUAGGAGCACUGUACCAACACCCAG